CAGCUCCUCCCGCCAGACAUGGCUCAGAGGAGGCCGCUCAGGAACCCUUACUAUUUCUUCAUGUUGGAGAAGAUCCCGGAGCUGAGGAGGAGGGGUUUGGAAGUGAAGGGCCUGAAGGAGGCGGCGCCGCUCUGCAGCUGGGACUGGGUGUUGCUGACUGCAAUGGAGAGAGAGAAGUAUGUACAGAUGGCGCAGCAGUGGAAAGCUGAGAAUGAAGGCAAAGUGUUAAAUGAACCUACAGCCAAAAAUCAGAACCCUCUCUUCCCUGCUGUAGGAAAACCAGCCACUCAUAAUAGAGAUAUAGGCAUCCCACUUAUGUUCUGGCCAAGCGAUAAAGCCGUGUGUGAUGAAACCUUCUAUUUUAUCAGUUUUAUAAGCAUGGCAGAUCUACCCUCAACCUGCACUCAGCGUUUUUUGCCAUGUGAAAUUGGUUGUGUAAAAUAUUCAAUGAAUCGAGGCAUCAUUGGUGAGUUUCAUAAAUUCAUAGAUCCAGGCACAAUCCCUCGGGGAUUUCGUUACCAUUGUCAGGCCUCAAGUGAUGCCACCCACAAGAUUCCUCUUUCAAACUUUGAACUUGGAAGCGCCAAUUACAACCACAUCUUUCAAGAGCUCUUUACUUUUCUGAAGCCAGUAAAGACCAACGGCUGUAUUGCAGUAUACUGUAAGUUAGCAGAAUGUUUCAGAGUGGACUGGUGCCUGAACUGGUUAGCAAGCAAAGCAGGCACCAUCAAUCCGGUGAAAGUUUAUGAGCUGGAGGAAUUGAUUGUGAAACUGUACGAACACAAACUGAUGCAGACUCCUUCGAAAACCAGGGUGGAAAGAAUGAUGGAUGUGAUAGUUUGGGAUUAUGCUCCAAAUACCAGAUGUAAAUGGCAUGAUGAACAAGAUGUUGUGUGCUGUGCACUGGCAGUAGCCAAGAAAUGCGCAUACUGCAUCAGUGAAUCAUUGUCCUCCACUUACAAUUUUGAGAUUACACCAUCACACGUCCCUAAGAAAGAGUUGGAUUAUGGCACCAAGUUGAACCCUAAAGUGCUAGUGUUGGAUAACAAUUACAAGCAGUCAAAGAUGGAUAGGAGUUCUGUGGCCAACAGGUAUUUCAGUUCACCUGUUCAAGGUGAAGCUUCCAGCAUCUCCCUGGGAGAUGGAAAGUGUACUUCAACAAACAGUUUGAGGGAAUUUCCUAUUCCUAUUCCAGCCCAGUUUGGGAGAGGGAGAGGUGCUUUGGCUACAUGGCUGAAACUUCCAGCUCGCCCACAACCAGGAAUUCAACAUUUAACCAAAGACUGGGAAAUCUUAAACCCUUCACAAAGCGCUCUGGGACGCUACCCUGCGUGAAGGGCGCUAUAUAAAUGCAAGUUGUUGCUGUGGUGAAAAGCACUUAAUAUAGCAGUAUGUUUUCACUUGAUAUUUCUGCCAGACAUCUUUGUGUGUGGAUGUUAGAAAUAACCUAGAUUUAGAUGUCAGGAUGUUCCAGUCUCUUAACCCAAGACAGUGUUAAUGCAAAUUCACAAGAAUGUGUCUGUUUGUCAAAGGCAGUUGCAUUGAUGACAAUUACAAUGAUUGCAAGAGGUUAAGAAGCCUAAAGGAUUUUUUUUUUGUAAAAUUUGGACAGAAAAAAAUCAUCUUCAGAGAAAAUGAAAGCACAACCCGUUUGGAAUGUUUAAAUUGUGUGUGUGCUUUGAUAGAACUGACAUUACGGAAAUGCACAGGAAAAACAAAUUAUUGUUCUGGAGCCAUGUUAAAAGAUGUAGAGAUUGUGUUUUGGCUGAGAACUGCUACAAUAGUCUUAAAAGAAUGUUUUUUUUUGGGGGGGUCUGAUUUGUUUACUGUACUUAGUUGACAAUUUCCAAUUUUGUUUAUUUGUUAAAUAAAAUAAUUUUAGUGCAA